AUGCGGCUCCCGGCCGUGCCGGGCGCGCUCGCCCUCGCCCUGCUCGCCUUCCCCGUGGCCUUCGGCGGCAACAGCCUGGCCGCCCUGGCAGACAGCCCCGCGGCGCUGGUGCUCGUGGGGACCCUCGUGCUCGCUGGCCUCGUCUCCGUCGCCUUCGUGAGCGGAGGGAGCCGCUUGCAGGACCCGCUGUUCUGCGUGUUCGUGGUCUUCUCCUUCGCCUCGGCCGUGGACCUCGUGGUCGCGCUGGAGGAGGACGGCUUCAUCUCCGGCUUCGCCGAGCUCUACGUGAGGGAGGGCGAGCCCUUCCUGCGCACGGCGCACGGCAUCCUCCUCUGCUACUGGGACGGCACCGUGCACCACGGCCUCUACCUGGCCAUGCUCGCGGCCAUGAGCCAGAGGAGGAGCUACAGGAGCCUGGGGCUCUUCUGGCUGGGCUCCGUGAUGAUGAGCAUCGUGGUCUUCCUCCUCGGCAACCUGCUAGGGAAGCACAGCUCGGAGCUGAGCGCCGCCGUCCUGCUCAACGUGCCCUACGUGGCGCUGCCCGUCUGGGCCGGCCGGCGGCUCUUCCAGCAGCCGCGGGCGCUGCCGGGGCUCACGGCCGACCAGGUGGCCGAGGAGCAGCGCAAGGGGCUGCACCGGCGGCCGCAGGACGCGGCGCUGAUCGUCCUGCUGCUCCUGGCCGCCCUGUUCACCUUCUUCAGAGGCAUGGUGGUCCUGGACUGUCCAGCCGACUCCUGCUUCGAGUACAUCUACCAGCGCGAGCCGUACCUGCGCGACCCCGUCGCCUACCCCAAAGUGCAGAUGCUGAUCUACCUCUUCUACGUGCUGCCCUUCUUCUGCCUGGCCAUCUACGGGCUGCUCCGGCCCGGCUGCGCCUGGGUGCCUGACUGGAGCCUGGUGGUGGCCGGCGCCAUGGCCCAGGCGCAGUUCRCCCACGUGGGCUCCUCGCUGCACGGCCGCACGCCCUUCCCCUACCAGACCCCCGAGGACACCCGCGGCACCUUCCUGGCGGCCAACGCGCUCUACGCGCUGGGCCCGCAGCUGCUGGCGCUGCGCUGCCUGCGGCGCCCCGCGUUCUUCCUGCCCGCCGCCGCCAGCCUCCCGCGCGGCAAGAAGCACCAGUGA